AUGGCGCCUGAGUACAUCGAGAAUAGGGUAGUGACUCCCAAGAUUGAUGUCUAUGCCUUUGGAGUAGUGAUGCUGGAAUUGAUCACCGGAAAAGACGCUGCAAUUAUACAGGAGGGUCGAGAAGUACUGCUUUCUGCAGCAAUAACUUCCAUCAUGGAAGGAGAUGAUGCAGAAACUGAGCUUGCCUAUUUUAUGAAGGAUCUAGCUCCAUCAGAGGCUACCCAGCAGCCUACUCUACUGCCAGCUCCAUCUACAGCCCACUCUAGCAACCACCCUAUUCACAGACAAACAGAGGGUCGAGAAGUACUGCUUUCUGCAGCAAUAACUUCCAUCAUGGAAGGAGAUGAUGCAGAAACUGAGCUUGCCUAUUUUAUGAAGGAUCUAGCUCCAUCAGAGGCUACCCAGCAGCCUACUCUACUGCCAGCUCCAUCUACAGCCCACUCUAGCAACCACCCUAUUCACAGACAAACAGUGGACAGCUGA